UCCGUUCAUGCACGAGAACGGCCGACCGCCACUAUCAAUUCCUUACUGGAUACGCUGUUAUCGUUAUCAGUUCGAUAGCUCCAGGAGUCCAGGUUGCUUUUCAAAAUAAAUUCUUAAUGGUGAUCCGUUCGUCGGAUAUACUCGUAUCUGUGUCGGAAGUUUAAUUAUUCGAAAGCUAUAAGCAGGAAUUGUCUGUAAGAGGCAAUCCCAGCAGGAAUAUCAGUCAUGUCAGUCAGCAGGAUCCUUAGCAACAUGAGCGUCGAGACUUUUGCCUCUUUGGGGCACUGUGCAACCAUUGGAAAGCAAUGGCUAGAAGAAUAUAAUAAAACAAGAGAAGGGCCGACAAAAAAUAGCAUUGAAAUGUAUUUCAACAAUAUUACAUCUAAAAAGGAAACACUUAGCACACUGAAAAAAAUUUUAGAAAUGGUGACAAAAAAUAAAGACCUUUUAAUGGGAGUCUUGUCAGAGACCCUUUACACAUAUUAUGAUGCAAAAGCAACUGUCGAUUCAUUUAUUGAUGAACUGAAAUAUUAUAGUUACAACUUUGAAACGCUUUACUGCGACAUAGAAUGUGUUCCUUUUCAAUUGGACUUUACUGUGAGACAACAAGAACUUCCAAUACUUGGAAGGGUAUUUUGCCCUGCAGUUUUGUCAAACAGUGUCUUACGAUUACAAAUAACAGAUGAAGAAUGCCUUCCUUAUUUAAUAGUGCUGAAACGAAUAAUUGAUGAUUCAGAUUGUUUCCAACAAAUUGGCAAAAAGCAUGGACAGAGAGAUGUGGCAUUUAUUGAGGAUUUCUCCGCUCAACAUUAUUGCCCGAUGCUUAUAUUUGAUGAUGCGGAUUUGGAUUCAGCAGUAAACGCGUUAGUUUCCGCCUCUUGGAGCUAUCAGGGCGCAGCUUUGUGGUCUUUGACUCAUGUGUACAUUCAAGAAGCUUUGUACAACGAAGCCAUUGCAAAAAUUAAGUCCCUUACUUCUCGAUUUUGGAAGUCGAAUUCAUUUUAUUUUCGCCACUAUGAAAACUGCAUUUCUACCGUUAAUAACGAAAAAGUUGGGGAUUUAGAGAUUUUCCAACCGAGCUUGAAUUUACCCCAUCGUUUUUUCAUCGGGUGGGAUCCCAGGGACUUCACGGCAAAAGUACAGUAUAACAUGUUUAAAUUAGGCUUAGCCAUUUUACCAUUCAGAACCGACAAUGAAGGUGUUGCUUUAGUCAACAAAUCACUUUACGCAGUAGCAGCCUCAAUUUGGACAGAAAGAAUUGGGCGAGCAAAUUCCAUUUCAAAAAAACUCGAUAUGGGGACUGUAUGGAUCAACUGUCAUGGUAUUAUAAAACCUGAAAUACCGUUUGAUUCAAGGAAACAAAGUAAAAUCCCUUUCAAUGGACUUAAACUGCUUCAGCUUUUGCAAAUACCGAAAAAUGGUUUAUCUUUGCCUAGAGGAAAUUUUACAAUGAAUUCAAAUAAUCUCAACUUGGUUUGUGUAUCAAUGAAUGAUGCUCUUAAUUCAGCCCUUCAAGCAAGUUCAAUUCUUAAAAGUGUUGAUAACAAUUCUCUAUGGGAAUCACUAGAUAUCCUAAUAUCAAAAAAUAAGCAGAUUUAUGAAAGUAACAAUUUAACAAAAUACAAAUUUAUGAUAGAAAAUUCAGUGAAAAGUUUUGAAGAUUUGAAAGUUGACACGGUGUGCUGGAAGGAGGCGAACAAAGUACUGGUGUUUGAGGUGACAUCAGUCACUGCAGAAUCAAUGACAUACAUUUCAUGGUUCGUGUAUGCAUCGAUCGGCCUCAGGAAUGCAGUCAUAAUUGUCGCUUCGACUGUAGGUAUCAACAAGCUAAUAACAUACGACUGCUUCAAAUUCACCUCGCUUCCUAAGGGUUGUAUAAGCUUCAUUUCGAAAAAUACGUACAAACCGAGGGAUUUGAUCGAGAAUAGUGUGAUUCAGAAGCAGAUCAUCAUGUCAGAGUAUGACGUAGAAGAUGUAAGCCUGAAUCAUAUGGGGUAUCUAACGAAAAUACCAAAAAGUUCCGUUAUGCUUCUACCCAUGAUGGAAGUUUUCUUGGUUGGAGUCAAAGCCAUCUGGUGGCCAAACUAAUAUUUUUAUUUUUACGGAAGACCUAAAGAACAAGACUGGUAACAAUGUUUUUAUUUUUAUUUUUUAUUUUAAUCAAAUCGUUAAUUAAACUGAUUUUGAUUUUUUUAAACAAAGUCUUUCCAUUAUUUAAGACUGUAUUUUUACAUUACUACAAUACUUCAAAGUGCCAUGUUAUAUAUAAAUUCCCUUCUAAUUUACAAAAAUAGUCUUCAAACUAUACUAAAUAACCAUUUGGCUCUUUUCUUUCCCCUUAGUAACAUAUCAUUUAAAAAAUAACUUUUACCUAUUCUAGUUUGUCUUUCUGAUUUUUCUGUUGCAAAAUUCCAAUGACAACUGACCAAAUAACCCACAGAUUAACUAGGAUGAUCGAAAACAAUCAAACUAAAUAACUUUAUGUAUAAUUGUAGUAUGUAAUGUUAAGAAAAACGUUGUUAUUAAAGUUGACCAAUUUAUAUUUAUGUUUACUUUUUUGUACAUAAAUUUUGAUAAAGAGGUCUAUAUUCUUUUUUUUCUUUUGUAAUUACAGUAGUUUUUGCUGUAAAUUUUAAGCUAUUUUUGUUGUGUUAGACACUCCCAGACCAAUAAUUAUUAGUUAUUCUUUAAUUUUUCAUAUAUAUUACAUUAUCAUUUUUCUUAUGACGUUCAUGUUUGUGUCAAACUACAGGAAUCUGUCAUGCUGAUAAUCGAAAUAAUUGGAACAAUAUCAUUUAUGAACAAUAAAUUGUUAAGCAUUUAAA